AUGAGCCUAUGCACAGCAACAGAAGACGACCUUUCGCCACCUGCCACUCCACCUAGCAGCAGUAGCAGUACAAGUACAACAACAAGCCAUGACAAUGACCACCAUCGCUGCUCAUCACCUCCACAUCACCCACGCCUAUACACAUCGUACGUCGACUUGUCCAUGGGAGGUAGUCCUCAAAAGCUAAUGUCCAGAAUGGACACUUCAAGGCUCGAAUACAUAUGGUCCGUCAAAGAUACCUUUACACAGCUCAACAACAAGCAACAACAAUUGUUAUUAUCUGAGCUACUUUUAUGUUGCGACAACCAGCUGCUUGCUUUUGUACAUUCCCUUAUUGCUCCCAAGCUCAAGAUUGACUUUUUACGGCAAUUGCCUAUUGAAUUAUCGUUGCAUAUCCUUCAGUAUAUCAAUGAUCCUUAUACCCUUACUCGGGCAUCACAAGUGUCUGUUUUUUGGAACAUGCUACUCAAGGAUGAAUCGAUAUGGAAACGCAUGUGCCAGCGGCAUCUCGAACUACAACGCCGCCGCCAAAUGUCCCCCCAUUCAACGUUACCACAACUUCCGAUCUCCAAGGCAACCACAGCAUUAUCGAUACGCUCUUUUCGGCAUUACUAUAAACGAUUGUAUACCAUUGAUGGUGCAUGGAACAAGGGAGGAGGCAAAUUAACAGCAUGUCCAAACAACAUUCAAUCUUCCUUGGUGACCAGUCUUCAAGUACAAGAUCCUUUCAUUGUUGUCGGGUGUGACAAUCACCGAAUAGAGGUGUUUGAUAGCAUCUCAGGCAACCAUGUGCGCACAUUAACGGGUCACGAGGGUGGUGUAUGGGCCCUUCAAUUUGUCAAGGUCAGCGAACAGGAGACCAUUCUUGUGUCUGGAGGAUGCGAUCGCGAAUUACGAGUAUGGGAAUUGAAUAGCGGUACAUUGCGUCAUGUGCUAAGAGGGCAUUCAUCCACGAUUCGAUGCUUGAAAAUGCGUGAUGCACAAGUUGCUGUGACCGGCUCACGGGAUGCUACCUUGCGAAUUUGGGAUGUGCAACGAGGAACUCUAAAGCAUUUAUGUGUCGGACAUCAAGCGAGUGUGCGUUGCAUUGAUAUCCAUGACAACCGCGUUGCAUCGGGUUCAUAUGAUCACACAGCACGAUUAUGGGACAUGGAUACGGGCGAAUGUUUGCAAACGUUUACAGGCCACCAUUCACAAAUCUAUGCGGUCGUUUUUGAUGGCACUCGUGUCAUGACGGGCUCUCUUGAUUCAACAAUUCGUGUAUGGUCAGCUUCAUCGGGUCAUUGUCUCGCCACACUUCAAGGUCAUACAUCACUUGUGGGUCAUUUACAAUUACUACCAUCCGACCCCUCUUUACUUGUCAGCGGUGGAUCAGAUGGAUGUUUACGAGUAUGGGAUCUUGACCGCUACGAAUGUCGACAUCGGAUAUCAGCCCAUGAUAAUUCAGUAACAUGCUUACAAUUCGACGACAGGCGUAUCCUAAGUGGUGGUAGCGAUGGACGUGUUAAACUUUGGGACUUGGAAACAGGCACACUUGUACGCACAUUUACGAAACCAGCAAGAACGGUGUGGAAGCUUCAGUUUAAUGAUACAAAAGCAGUCGUUGUUAUGCAGAGGUCACGAGCCACCAAUCGACAAACAACUGCCAUUGAAUUGCAUGAUUUCGACAUUCUCAAAUAA